GGUCACAUCUGGAAUACUAGAUCCAGUUCUGGGCUCCCCAGUUCAGUAGAGACAUGGAACUACUGGAGAGACUCCAGCAGAGGCCACAAAGAUGCUGAGAGACCUGGAGCAUCUCUGUGAGGAGAUGCUGAGAGCCCCGGGGCUGCUAAGCCUGUUGAAGAGCAGCCCCAGAGGGGAUCUGAGCAAUGUUCAGCGAGAGCUAAAGGCUAUGAGUCAGGAGAAUGUGCCCAAACUCUUCAGUGGUGCCCAGUGACAGGACAAGGGACAACGUGCACAAACUAGAACCCAGCAGGUUCUGCCUGAGCAUGGGGAGAAAAUUCUUUGCUGUGAAGGUGCUGGAACCGUGGAGCAGGCUGCCCAGAGAAGCUUCCUUCUCCAGAAAGAUUCCAAACCUGCCUGGAUCUCAUGAUCCUGGGCAAGAUGGGACCACUUGGGCUAAACAGGACCGAUACUCCUUGAUGCUUCCUUAGUGUUUUGACCCAAACCACCACGGUCCCCCUGAUCCCCAGGUGAGACUGUUCCUCCUGGUGACAGCCCCUUCAUCUUCUCUGCGUGCCGUGCCCGUGAGGCCCGCGUGGCUCCGCGGCCCUGCUAAUUGCAUUCCGUGGGGCAGUAAUUGAAUGAAGGCUCACGAGAGCCAUGGAUCAAAGGCAGGAGCCCAUCAAUAUCUGCCUGCCCCCGAAUCCGAUUAGCGAGGAGAAGGCAUAAAUCACGGCUGCCCCUCCCUGACCCAGCAACGCUUAAUGCAGGUAGGAUGCCCAGGCUGGUGGCAGGGAAAUGCGAUUUGCUGGGCAGAGGUUAAGCACCGCCGUGGGUGAAGGAUGAUUUCGCCGCCGCUUCUCCUCGGCGCUCAUUCAUCUCGGCACCGUGCGCCGUGGGACGGAGGCGCUGCCCGAGCGGGCUUUGGGAGACCAUCGCUCAACGUCGCUGGGACGUGUGAAGUGUUAAAGACCCCCCCGGUGGGGCACGGGCCGGUCGUUUGUAUUCAUUAGCCUGCCCGCUGCAGCUGUCGGCUGGCGCUUGGAAGGAGCCAAGAGGCUGCGUGCUGCUGCCCAGGGCCUCGCUUGCUGUCCUCGGUGAAGUGGCAGGACCUGAUUUCUUCUCCCUUGGUGGCUCCAGGGAACCCUGUACGAGCUGAUCUCUCCAUCCCAGCAUGUGCAGCAGCAGCUCCAGCACUGAAAUCAGUUUAAGCUGCUUUGAAAAAGCAAGAGAAGAAAGGGCACAUUGGAAGCCAUUGAGAUCCUUCUCCACACACACUUUGAGAGGUCUCAAGCCCAGGACAAUCCCUUGAGCUUCGGCUGGAGAGAGACACCUUUCACAGGGCAGCAGCACCCUGUGGGCGGGGACCACGCCAUAAAAUGCCUUCCACGCUAUAAAAUGCUGCGGGUUUCCUCGGUGUGGGCAACGCUCUGCGGGACCUGGGGGCAGCUGAAGCCAACUUGGACUUGGAAGGUUUGGCUGAAGGUACGGACGGCUGAAAAGGAGGAGGAGGAGGAGAAGAAGGAGGAGGAGGAGGAUGAGGAGCGCGGCGUGACCGUGCCGCGGGCGGCGGGCCAGGGCUCGCACGCUCCAGCGCCGCGUCCGCCCGGCUCGGCUCGGCUCGACUUGGCCCGCCCCCCCCCCCCCCACCUCUCCCCCCGCCCCCCCCCCGGAGCCCUCUGAAGUGAGGGUGGGUGUGAGGAGAGAAGGAGAGAAGGGGGGGUGGGGGGGUGAGCAGCCGGGCUGGCGGCCGGCCCAGCCCCGGCUUCCCCGCCUCUAUAUAAACACACAUGGACUUUCUUUUUGGACUCAAAUUGAAGGUUGCAGAGGGGCUAUACCCAGAGCCCUGCCUCCCUCCCUGCAGAAGUCUGGGGCUAAGUCUGGGGCUCCCAAAUCACCGGCAAUAUAGACAGGGCUGUAUUUAUAGAGAUUUAUUUAUGUACCGAGAGAUAGCGAUACAAACCGAGCCGCCUCGCUCCGUGUGUAUAGAUACAUAUAUCCAGCUCUUUACUUCUUCCAUCUCUCCAGGUCGGGGCUGAAUUAUUUGACGAUUUUUACAAUUUUUAUUUUUUCUUCUUAAAAGAUUUUUUUAAAUCUCGCUCCUUUUUUUGGUUGUUGAUUUUUAUCCCCCCCCUCCCCCCUUUCAUUUUUUCCCCUCUUUUAUUCCUCCCUCUUCACUUCUCCCCCUCUUCAUUCUCCUCUCCCCUUUUCAUUUUUUUCCCCAUUCUUUUCAUUUUUUUUCUUUUUAAUUUUUCCCCCUUUAUUUUUUCUCACUUUUCAUUUUCCCUUUCACCCCCCCCCCCCCCAUCACUUCUUCUCCCAUUUAUGGUGUGUGUGGCUUUGCCUUGAAGGCGAUCGAGACCCAGAGCAUCUGCAGUUGGACUUUUGUGGGUCUUGGCUUCUUUUUUUUCCUUCACUCCGUGGCAUUUUUUUUUUUUUUUCCUUAAUCCACGAGUUUGGAACUCUUCAGCAGCCCCCCACCCCCUUCUUUUGGGGCCUCGUUUUUCUCUUUUCGUGUUGUGUGGGGUGUUGCCUUGUUGGGUGUGAGUUUUUUUUGUUUGUUUGUUUGCUUGUUUGUGUUUUUUGUUUGUUUUGGGUUUUUUUCUCCCUGUGUCACUCUGUCAAGUUUACUCCAAACAAAGUUUUCAGAGAGGGGCAGAGGAGAAACAGCUUUUUGCCCCUUUAUUCCCCACCCCAAUCCCCCCCCCCCCUCAUUUUUCCUGUUGUUUUUCUAACCUGCCAGCAGAGAGGGGAGCACGCCGGGGCCCCCCCGACAGCCCCGGGACCCCCCAGGCAGUCUUUCCCCUGCCCUCCUCCAUCGCCCUUUUUUCUCCCUGCGGUGCGUGUGUGUGGGUGCGAGUGUGGUGCCUGUCACAGGGGCUGUUUCUCUCCCCACCCUCCUCCUCCUCCUUCUUCCAAAUAUGCUUUUUGCAAGUUUUGAUCUCGUCUCGGCACUGGCUACCCUCGCCGCGUGUUUGGUGUCACUGACUUUGCUGCUGGCCGUGUCCCAACAGCUGUGGCAGCUCCGCUGGGCUGCCACCCGCGACAAAACCUGCAAGCUACCAAUCCCUAAAGGCUCUAUGGGAUUCCCUUUAAUCGGAGAAACCUUCCACUGGCUCCUGCAGGGUUCCUGCUUUCAGUCUUCGCGGCGGGAGAAGUACGGGAAUGUUUUCAAGACGCACUUGCUGGGGCGGCCGCUGGUGCGGGUGACAGGCGCGGAGAACGUGCGGAAGAUCUUGAUGGGGGAGCAUCACCUGGUGAGCACCGAGUGGCCGCGCAGCACCCGCAUGCUUCUGGGACCCAACACCGUGGCCAACUCCAUCGGCGACAUCCAUCGCCAUAAGAGGAAGGUUUUCUCCAAAAUCUUCAGCCAUGAGGCCCUGGAAAGCUACCUUCCCAAGAUCCAGUUGGUGAUCAAAGACACUCUUCGGGCCUGGAGCAGCAACCCUGAGUCCAUCAACGUCUACCAUGAGGCCCAGAAGCUCACCUUCCGCAUGGCUAUCCGUGUCCUACUGGGCUUCCGCAUCCCUGAUGAGGAGCUCAGCCACCUCUUCGAGGUCUACCAGCAGUUUGUGGAGAAUGUCUUCUCCUUGCCUGUGGAUCUGCCCUUCAGUGGCUACAGGAGGGGCAUCCGGGCACGUGAGACGCUGCAGAAGGGGCUGGAGAAAGCCAUCCAGGAGAAGCUGCAGAACAUGCAGGGCAAGGACUAUGCUGACGCGCUGGACAUCCUGAUAGAGAGUGGCAAGGAGCACGGCAAGGAGCUGACCAUGCAGGAGCUGAAGGAUGGCACUCUGGAGCUCAUCUUUGCUGCCUACGCCACCACGGCCAGUGCCAGCACCUCUCUGAUCAUGCAGCUCCUCAAACAUCCUCAGGUGUUGGGGAAGCUGCGGGAGGAGCUGCGCAGCAAAGGCAUCCUCCACAAUGGCUGCAUCUGCGAGGGCUCCCUCCGGCUUGACAACAUCAACAGCCUUCACUACCUGGACUGUGUCAUCAAGGAAGUGCUUCGCCUCUUCACCCCCAUCUCUGGGGGGUACCGGACAGUGCUGCAGACCUUCGAGCUGGAUGGUUUCCAAAUCCCCAAAGGCUGGAGCGUGAUGUACAGCAUCCGGGACACCCACGACACUGCUCCUGUCUUCAAGGAUGUGGACAUCUUUGACCCUGACCGCUUUGGCCAGGGUCGGAGUGAAGACAAGGACGGCAGGUUCCACUACCUCCCCUUUGGAGGAGGCGUACGGACCUGUCUGGGCAAGCACCUGGCCAAGCUCUUUCUCAAGGCUCUGGCCAUCGAGUUGGCCAGCACCAGCCGCUUCGAGCUCGCCACCAGGACUUUCCCCAGAAUCACCCUGGUGCCCGUGGUCCACCCGGUCGACGGACUCAAGGUCAAAUUUUUCGGACUGGAUUCCAACCAGAACGAGAUCCUGACUGGGACAGAUGCCAUGCUGGGGGCAACGGUGUAAAGCCCACGCCAGUGGCGCAAGGGAUGGGCGGCCGG